UCCACCGCCAUGGUGUUGACGCCAGGUCUGCGUUUCCUCACGCGGCAGCUCGUGUUCCCGGCUACGCUGGUGAUAUUUGUCCACCGCGCUUCCACGCGCUCUGGCUUGCUGCGCAUUCCGCUCGCAACCGCCAUCGUUGGCACCUUCUUUGCGCGAAUUGGGCUUUUCAUCCUUCGGAACGUGGUAGCAAACAUUCAACAUCGUCGAGAGGCGCGUCGACUUGGGGCACGACCAUUGCCGUAUCUUUCGGGGAAGAAAUUUGGGAACUUUGACUUUAUCGAGCGGAUACUGCAUGAGGCAGAGCAUGGUUAUCUCGGCGAUGAACUUCGUGCUGUACAAGCAAAACUCGGCCAGAUAGUCAACAUUUGGCCAUUAUGGGAAAACCACAUCUUUACCACCGAGCCAGCGCAUAUACAAGCGAUCCUCGCAACAGAUUUCAACAACAACAUCAAGGGAGAACGAUUUAAGAAUGGAAUGGAGUCUGUACUGGGUACAGGUGUCUUCAACUCGGACGGCGACCUGUGGUCUUUCCAUCGCUCCAUGUCCAGGCCCUACUUCAGCCGGGAUCGGGUUCGCCACUUCGAAAUUUUUGACCGCCAUGCUACCCAAGCCAUCUCGCUCAUUAAACAACGGAUGCGUGAAGGACUUGCCGUAGACUUUCAGGAACUCAUUAGUCGCUUCACCAUGGAUUCGGCAACUGAGUUUCUUUUCGGUGAAUCUGUCGACAGUCUCGAAGCCUCCUUAGCAUACCCACAUAACCUCCCAUCCUCGUUCGUCAUCCCCAACAACACGCAAGACUCCCCGCGUGCUCAGGCUGCGAUACGGUUUACCACCGCAUUUGGGCAGGCUUUGACACACCUUGCCUUCCGCGAGCGAACCGGUUGGAUAUGGCCCUUGUACGAAAUCUUUGAAGAUGCGACCGCGAAACCAAUGGCCAUUGUCGCAGGUUAUCUCGACCCCAUCAUCCAACGGGCUGUUGAUAGAGGUCGUAAUGAGAAUGAGCCGAACAUGGAGGAUGAUGAGAUGACAUUGUUGGACGAUCUGGUCAAGUCUACUUCAGACGCCAAGAUUCUCAAAGACGAAAUCCUGAAUAUCCUGCUCGCUGGGAGAGACACUACAAUGAGCGGUUUGACCUCCACCAUAUACUUCCUUGCACGACAUCCCAAUGUGCUCAGCCGCCUUCGAGGAGAGAUAUUGGACUGCAUUGGUCCGACGAAUGCUCCGACAUACGAUGAUAUCAAGAAGAUGAAGUACCUUCGAGCCGUUCUCAAUGAAACAAUGCGCAUAUACCCUCCUGUACCAUUCAAUGUUCGGGAAACUGUAAAUGCCACCGUCUGGCCGUCCCCGGAUCCGGCCCAGAGGCCCAUCUACAUUCCUGGCAGAACACCGAUAUCUUACUCAGUAAUGCUCAUGCAUCGGAGGAAGGACUUGUGGGGAGAAGACGCGGAGGAGUUUGACCCCGACCGUUUUAUCGACGAACGACUUCAGAAAUACCUGGUCUCGAAUCCAUUCCAGUUCCUCCCUUUUAACGCUGGGCCACGGAUCUGUCUCGGUCAACAAUUUGCCUACAACGAAAUGUCCUUCGUGCUCGUUCGCCUCCUGCAACAUUUCUCGUCCAUCAAACUGGAUCCUGAGGCAGCACCGCCGGCUGCGCGUGUACCAGAAAGUUGGAAAGGCCAGCCUGGGAGGAAAGGCAUUGAGCUGUUUAUACCUGAGUCAAACUUGACCCUCUAUGCAAAGGGUGGUAUGUGGGUCAAGAUGGGGCAAGUGUAG